AUGCAUAGAUUGAUAAUAGGUGUACUUUUCUUUGUCUCCUCUGUUUUAGCUGAUAUACACCCCAUAGAAAUUCGAGGAAAACACUUUUAUGAUUCUGUCACAGAUGAACCAUUCUUUAUAAGAGGUAUUGACUAUCAACCAGGUGGAUCUAGUGACGUUACAGAUGAAAAGGAUCCCUUAUCAGAUGUUUCCGUUUGUGCAAGAGAUAUACCUUUGUUUCAGGAUUUGGGAAUCAAUGCAGUGCGUGUUUAUUCGUUAAAUCCAGAUCUAAACCAUGAUAAAUGUAUGACAAUGCUAGCAAGUGCUGGAAUAUAUCUAAUCCUUGACGUGAACUCACCUUUAAUAAAUCAGCACUUAAAUCGAUAUGAACCCUGGACUACUUAUAAUCCAAUUUAUUUAGAACAUGUUUUCAAAUUGAUUGCACAAUUCAUUCCUUAUAAUAACACGUUAGGCUUUAUUGCAGGAAACGAAAUAAUCAACGACAAAAGGUCUGCUCAGAGAUCUCCACCGUAUAUUAAACAGUUGGUGGGAGAUAUGAAGGGGUACAUCAAAGCUCACUCUCCUCGAGCAAUUCCUGUUGGAUAUUCGGCCGCUGAUGAUUUGAAAUAUAGAGUAUCAUUAUCCAAGUAUUUGGAAUGCGAAGAUAAAGGAACUCAUGAUUCUUCUGUGGACUUCUAUGGUGUAAACUCCUACCAGUGGUGCGGCGAUCAGGAUUUCCAAAGCUCAGGAUAUGACAAAUUGGUAGAUGCGUACAAAGACUACUCUAAGCCAGUAUUCUUUUCGGAAUUUGGAUGUAAUGAAGUGACCCCGAGAAAAUUUGGAGAAAUACCGACAUUAUACUCUGAUAGAAUGUAUCAUACGUUCAGUGGUGGAUUAGUUUAUGAGUUCACCCAAGAAGUAAACAAUUACGGCUUGGUCUCAGUUAAUGAAGAGACCGGCGAUGUUUAUCUAUUAGAGGACUUUGAGGCGCUCAAAAACCAAUACAAGCAAACACCACAUCCAACAAGCACAGACUUAAAAAUAAGUCAAGACAAGUCUACAUCUAGGAUAGUUAACAACAGUCCUGCAUGUACCAACAAAUACACCAAUUUGGAUAUCACUGCGAAAGUAGUUCCGAAAUUAGCCACUGAAUUUAUCAGAAAGGGUGUUAAAUGCGAUAAAGGUAAAUAUGUGAAUUUAGACAAGUCAGACUUAACUUGCAAUAGCAAAUACUAUGAUGCAAAUGGAAAUCAGUUAAGUAGGAGCCCAAAGUUCUCGAUUGUCAAUGAAGUAGGUUCCGUGAAGUUAACUGGACCAGAAAAAAAGGCUUCAAACUCAGGAAAUGGAUUAAGACUCUCUAGAACAAACCUCAUCUUAGGAUGUAGUAUGGUGCUUGGCUUUAUUUUAGAUAUAGUUUCAAUCAUGUUUUUUUAG